AUGUUCGACAUGAGUUCAUGUACUGAUAUAACAUGUGAUGAUGCAAUUAAAGAAUUAUAUGAAUUUGAAAUAACAAAACAAAAUAAACGACGAUUAGAUAAUGUUCGUGAUGAAUUAAAUACUGUUAUAGCAACAUUUGCACUAAUUGUUGAAAAAACAAAACUAUUGAGAAUUGGACGCGAACAAAAUUCGAUUGAACAAGCAAAAAGAUUUCUUGAUGUACCAAAUAGUUCAAUUGAUGAAAUACAAAAUAUUUUUGAACAAGUUAAUCAAGUCAUUUCAUCAACUAGUUCAGGUAAAAACUAAAUUAUAAAAUCGUUCGUUUUGUGUUUAUUGGUUCUUUUUUUUUUUGUUUUAAUUUUAAAAAUGAUGGUAAAAGUCGAACCUGU